AUGGGCGUCGGAGGCGGCGACGGCCUGACCGGCUUCGCCAACCGCGUCUUUGGCGGCGAGGUCGGCGGCGACCACCAGUACGAGGGCCGCGGCCAGACGGAGCAGAUCUCGUUCCCUGAGUACAUCCCGCAGUGGGUCAUCUUCGGCGUCGGCUUCCUGGGCUCCGGGAAGGACCAUGCUCUCAGCGCUCUGGAGUGGAACCCCGUAGCAACAAGAGAUGUGUUUUGGCUAGCGGAAGAAGCGCAAUCACUGAAGGAGGACGGGCCAUUCCCUAGGGAGUAG